UCCCACUUCAGAAUGCUCUCAAAUAGAGAGUCAUCUCGGCGCUCAAGGAGGAGAAAGCAGGCACAUCUGACUGAACUUGAGACACAGGUUUCUCAGCUGAGAGUUGAAAAUUCUUCAUUAUUGAAGCGUCUUACUGACAUAAGCCAAAAAUUUAACGAGGCUGCUGUGGAUAAUAGGGUCUUGAAAGCUGAUGUCGAAACUUUAAGGGCAAAGGUUAAAAUGGCAGAGGAGAAUGUAAAGAGAGUUACAGGGAUGAACCCUUUGCUGCAGGCUAUGUCUGAAAUAUCUGCCAUGGGAAUGUCACCUUUUGGUGGGAGCCCUUCUGACUCAGCUGAUGCUGGUGUACCGGUCCAAGAUGAACCUAAACAACCUCAUUUUUAUCAGCCUGUUGAUAAUAAUCCUCUUCCCAGUCCUAAUCCAAGAGUUAACAGUGGUGUCACAGACAUUCCUAUUAUUGACAAUGUGCUGCAUAAUGCUGCAACACAAGUAUUGAAUGGCAGCAAAAUGGGAAGAACUGCAUCCAUGCAAAGAGUAGCCAGCUUAGAGCACCUCCAGAAACGGAUUCGUGGGAGAGUGGAUCAAGGUAGCCCACAUGGUGGUGCUGAGCAGUAAUCAUUCAAACUAAUAACCAUUGGUGUGUGAAUUUCUUCAGAUCUUCCAUUGAUGUGUUUAUUGUUAUGUAAAGUAAUGUUAUUCUUUCCCAUCAUUCCACAUUGAAUCAUAA